GGCGGUGGAUUUGGCGCUAAAGGAACUGCCCUUAAAAUAGUUCAAGGAGGAGUUGCUGGCGCCAGUUUUACACUAACUUCGGCAACUGGUCCGUUUACUUGUGGAAUGCUUCCUGAUGGUAGCAUUGAAACUUAUGAUUCGGUGACAGCUAUUGCUAUAAACAGUGGUGAUUUUACAGCAGCCGGAACAUUUCUUGGUGGUUUUGCACCUUCAGCAGACAUUUGCGCUGGUGGCUGUGGCAUAGAGGUUAUCAGUGGCGUUACAUUAUCCACAGCAGGUCUCAAUGGCGCAUUAAAUUUUGACAUCACUUCCAUAACUGUUGCGACUGGAGCGACCUUUCAAUUAGGCACACCUGGUGCAAGUACUGGUUUUAAAUUUUCAUCUGCUGUUACACUUUCUAUAUCGGGUCAUAUGUCAUUUGUUGGUAGCGGUGGUUACAUCAGGCUUCCUCCUGGCAGCGACUUCAAUAUCACGGCUGGUGGUGCUUUUUCUAGCGCUAUAUCAGUAAGCAUUGAAAUAUUCGAUCUAUUGACUGGUCUUGCCAUUGGUCCGUUACAAACCUUGGGUACACUUAUCAGUGGUGGAACGUUUAAGCUGACUGUUAGUGCAAGUGGAAGCGUAGCAACGGGUGGCACAGUUGGUGGAUUGGGCUCGAUUACUUUUCUGGCGAAAGGAUCAGGGGAUCUCACUGAUGCAACUGUAUGGGGUGGCGGAGUUGCUCCAUCUGGCACGUUCUCUAUCUCGAUCCCAGCUGGUAUUACAAUUACUAUUUCAGGAGCCACAUUAAGUCUCAGAAUG